AGGGACAGCCAUUUUGGCAGGACCUUUUUGGCAAUGAUAUGAUGAAAUUAUGGAGAAGCCUUUAACAUCAAUGUGUUAAUAUAAUGGGCUUGAUGUCUGUUUGAAAUUCCUGUUACAUGAGCUUCAGUACAGAGCUAGAGGAGGCGCGUAAAAUCGUAGUUAUUGCUUUCCAGUGGAGUGUGUUCAGUACCCAGGCCCACUUGUCUAGCUUGUCCGAAAAAAGGCGAUUUCAUUUCAAUCUCGAAAUAGUGCUCCAUGUUUUUACGAAGGAUCUUUGUGCCUCUGAUAGCUGUGGACUGGAGCCACUUGACCUUAGCUAAUUAAGGUCACUAAUUGGAUUUCUCCAAACUUCUUUUACAGACUACUUCAAGCCUAGUUUUUAGUGUCUAUAAGUUUUAAAACGUUAUUUUGCAGGAGGUUAACUUUUAAUUUUGCUCAGAAGCAGAGAUCAAAUCAGUGUUCUUGUACUAGCCUCGAUAUCAUGAGGGGCUUGUUCUCGAGGUCAAGGCACAGCUAGCUAAGGUCAAGUGGUUCCAGCCUCUAGCUAGCUCGCAGUAUAAGAUCUAACAGGAGUGCUGCAUGAUCAGACUAUAGCUAGCUAGCCUGUAACAAUACAAACUGCUAUAUCGGAUGAGAACUUCUGUGAUGUAUAAGCUUAUUGCAUGUGUCCUAAUUCUGUUUGCACUUAUGCAAAAGGCAGUACAAGAUGGCAACUGUCCUGACUGUGGAGUACCUACCGCUGCGGCAUCCAUUACAAGCACCUUUUCCAGCAGUGUUGAUAGAACCAGACAGAGACGACAAGCUGCAAUAAAUCUGGAGCCUGAUUCAAAUGUCCUUAAGACCAGAGGUAGUAAAUUUGCUCUUGCGUUUAUGGGAAAUAGUAUUAAACGAGCUGAAAUACUGCUAUAUAUUACGACUGAACAAAGGGUGUCUAAUUUCAUUAUCGAAACGAAGUUUUCAGGCCUAAAUGGAUUCAGCGAAACGUCAUCUGGACUGUACUCUCGUCCUGGGACAGCUCGAAGGGGGGAGUUCACUGUUGUUGAAUUGCAAGUUGUUUUUGGAGAAGUUAACGAGCAGCCAGGCAUAUUUGUACUAACUGAUGGCAAUAUUGAUGAAAGUGAUAGACAAAAGGGACUGAUUUUAACUGCAGAUAAUCCAGGUGAUGAGCUCACAAUAUAUGCUAUCAGCAGUAAUAAUAAUAUGGCCUCCUCCGCUGAUGCCUUCAUGGCUAUUAACUGUGUCGAGUUUCCAACGACAAGAGAUUACCAAUAUUUCGUGUUCUCAUCAGAUGUAACUGGCAGAGGUGAUUUUCUGAGUCAGUUUCUCAUCACACCCUGUCAAGAUGAGACAACUAUUCGAGUGAGACCUUCACAAGUGCAUCAUCAUUCCUCUUGGGUGAGUCCAAGUGUUAAUACAACUUAUCCACGGGGUGAAGCCUUGUACGAACUGCGUUUCAAUCGCUUUGAUACUCUGUUGCUUAGCAAUUUGGAUGAUUUGACGGGCACUAUCAUUACAUCUGACAAGCCGUUAUCUGUUUUCAGUGGCGCUCUAAUAGACAGUAGUUAUCUUGUAGAACAAAUUCCACCUCAUCCAACUUACGGUGAUUUAUUCUUUCUUGCAUCAAUAUCUUUAAUGUUUCAAAUAGGCUCUGUCAGCAAUGAAACCUCUGUUGAGGUUAACUGUCUCUGUGAGCCAGUCUCUGCGAGUAGUAAUAGAGUGCUCCUUUCAGGAUCUGGUAGCUCUUUCACUGCUACUAUAAAUCAAGGCCAAUAUAUUGAAUGUAGAUCACAGGCCCAAGGCUUUUGCAGCGUUCAGUCAUCGCGUCCAGUUACAGUAAUGAACUAUAAUAAACUUUUCAAGUAUUUCUCUAUGGUUUAUAUACCACCUGUUGAUUCCUAUUUGACUCGGUACAGUCUCACAAAUCUGUCAGAUUCUCGUUUUGCUUUCUUAAGCUAUGCUUUCCAGGAAAGAGAUUAUUACGAACCCAACACAGAGGGAUUGAUUGGCAAUGGAGAUGUACUCCCACCGACUAAUGGUUUCACUACCAUCAAUUGCAAUGAGGGCUUUGGAUCGAUGUCGUGCGGUCAGGGAGCUACAGGAUUCUUAAGCCCAAAAAAUCAUGAUAUAAAGUUUUCUGGAGACGUACCAUUCUGGGGUUUUGUAAAUGGUUUUGCUACGAACAAUUCAUAUGCUUACCCUCUACCGUUUGAGAUGAUACCAACAGGACUGGCCUGGAUUGAAGCUCAAGAUAUGAUCGUUAUGGAAACUGUGGGUCUAGUAAAUAUGGGGUUCAGAGUAACAAAUGGAGAUACUUCACUGAGAACAAGAGCUUUCGUUGUCACUAGAAAUAUUACUGCAAUAGAAGGAAAGGACUAUGGUUCCACUGGUUUACUUCCAGGUACACUGGGCAAUAGUAGUAAAUUGGAAUGGAGAGCUGGAAAUUCAACUCCCAAUAAUCAGUUUAUUGUGUCCAUAAUUGAUGAUGACAUUCCGGAACCAGUUGAAGUAUUAGAGAUUUUUGUUGAAUGUGAGGCUAACGAAAACUGUUAUUUACCACGACAACGAUACACCAUCACCAUUGUAGACGAUCAAGGUCAGUGUCAUCAUCUUCUCCCGUUGUCCAAUGGAAACAUCUCCUAUAGUUUUGAUGGUUACCCUCUGAGGCCGUAUGGUACUGUUGCCACUUACACCUGUAAUCAAGGAUACUAUCUCCUUGGAAAUAAAAAUAGGACGUGUAACAACAGUGAAUGGUUGGGAACAAUGCCGACAUGUAAAGAUUCCAGUUCUCCUAAAACCAGAGGCAAUAAAUUUGCUCUUGCAUUUAUGAGAAAUGUUGUUGGACGGUCCAAAAUAACACUAUAUAUUACGACGGAACAAGAUGUGUCUAUUUUCACUAUUGAAACGAGGCUUCCUAACCUGAUUGGAUUCAACGAGGUAACACCGGACAAUGAAUUGUUCUCUCGUACUGGCACAGCACGGAGGGGGCAUUUCACAGUCAUUCAAUUACAAGCUGGUGGAGUGAGUAACGGACGACCAGACUUAUCAGUACAGAGUGACGGCGAUAAUGAUACAAGUGAUAGACAAAAAGGACUGAUUAUAACUGCAGAUAAUCCAAGUGAUGAGCUCACCGUAUAUGCUCUCAGCAGUAAUAAUGACAUAGCCUCCUCCGCUGAUGCCUUCAUGGCCAUUAACUGUGUCGAGUUUCCAACAGCACCCAAUUAUCAAUAUUUUGUAUUCUCGUCUGGUGGAGGACCUUUUGAGAGCCAGUUUCUUAUCACACCCUGUCAGGAUGACACACGUAUUCAAGUGAUAACAUCACAAACACAGCUUCAUCCCUCCUGGGUGAGCCUAAACUCCACUAUCACUCGCUCUCAAGAAGAAUUGACAUACGGACUACAUUUAAAUCGUUUUAAUACUCUGAUGCUUAGCAAUGUUGAUGAUUUGACUGGCACUAUCGUUACAUCUGACAAGCCACUGUCUGUUUUCAGUGGCCAUCAAUGUGGAACUCCUAUUAAUAAUGGAACUUGCAGUUACCUGGUAGAACAAAUUCCACCACACCCAACGUACGGUGAUAUGUUUCUUCUUGCACCAUUUAAUGUUCGACGAAGUGGUGAGGUAUAUCGAAUUGGUACUGUCAGCAAUGAAGCCUCUAUACAAGUGAACUGUCUAUGUGAGCCAGUCUCUGCUAGUAGUAAUGGUCAAAGAGUUCUCCUAUCAGGCUUUGGUCAGUCUAUGACCGCUGUUAUAAAUCGAGGCCAAUACGUUGAGUGCAAAACACCAGAUAACAGUCGUACAUUUUGCAGCAUCCAGUCAACACGUCCGAUUACAGUUAUGAGCUACACCCUCGGAAGUUCAGUCGAUAAUUUGGACUUCACAAAUCCAAUCGGCGAUCCCUCAAUGGUGUAUAUACCACCUGUCGAUUCCUAUCUCACUCGGUACAGUCUCACAAGUCUGUCAGAUCCAUUUUCUGUGUCCUUAAGCUAUACUCUCAGGCGAAGUGAUUUCGAUGUAAACUCUCCAGAAUUGCUUGUCAACGGAGAUGUAUUCACACCAUCUGAGGGUUUAAUCGAUUGCAUUGGAAAAGUGCUAUGUGGGCUAGGAGGGCUAGGAGCUACUAAAUUUUUAGGUCAAAGAAACUUUAAUAUACGAUUUUCUGGUGAUAUACCAUUCUGGGGGUUUGCAUACGGUUCUGCUGAGGAUGUUUCAUUUGCUUAUCCUCUACCAUUUGAGAUGAUACCGAUAGGGCUGGCCUGGAUUGAAGCCCAAAACAAGACUGUUAUGGAAAAUGUAGGUCUAGUGGAUAUGGGGUUUAUGAUAACAGGAGGUUACAAUUCAGUGAGGACAAGAGCUUUCGCUGUCACUAGUGAUUUGUCUGCAACGGAAGGAGAGGACUAUAAUUCAACUGGUUUGCGCCCAGGUACAGGCAAAAGUAACUUGAGAUGGGGACGUCAUACAUCAGCUCCCAUUGCUCCAUUUAUUGUGCCCAUAAUUGAUGAUGACAUUCCGGAACCAAUCGAAGUAUUAGAGAUUUUUGUUGAAUGUGAGGACAAUAGAAACUGUUAUCUACCACGACAAAUUUACACCAUCAUCAUUAUAGACGAUCAAGGUCAGUGUGAUCAUCUUCCCCCGUUGCCCAAUGGACACAUCUCCUAUAGUUUUGAUAGUUACCCUCUGAGGCCGUAUGGUACUGUUGCCACUUACACCUGUAACCAAGGAUACUAUCUCCUUGGAAAUAAAAAUAGGACAUGUAGCAACAGUGAAUGGUUGGGAACAAUGCCGACAUGUAAAGAUUCCAAUUCUCUUAAAACCAGAGGCAAUAAAUUUGCUUUUGCAUUUAUGAGAAAUGCUGUUGGACGGUCCAAAAUAUCACUUUAUAUUACGACGGAACAAGAUGUGUCUGCUUUCACUAUUGAAACGAGGCUUCCUGGCCUGGUUAGAUUCAACGAGGUAUCACCUGACAGUGGGUUGUUCUCUCGUACUGGCACAGCACAGAGGGGGCAUUUCACAGUCAUUCAAUUGCAAGCUGGUGGAGUGAGUAACGGACGGCAGGACUUAUCAGUACAGAGUGACGGCGAUAAUGAUGGAUCUACAAAUGAUAGACAAAAAGGACUGAUUUUAACUGCAAAUAAUCCAAAUGAUGAGCUCACCGUAUAUGCUCUCAGUAGUAAUAAUGACAUGGCCUCCUCCGCUGAUGCCUUCAUGGCUAUUAACUGUGUCGAGUUUCCAACAGCGAAAGAUUACCAAUAUUUCAUAUUCUCGUCAGAUGCAAACGGUGGAGGAACUUUUGAGAGUCAGUUUCUCAUCACACCAUGUCAGGAUGACACACGUAUUCAAAUGAUAACAUCACAAAGACAGCUUCAUCCCUCCUGGGUGAGACCAAACCCUGCUAUCACUAACACUCGGGUAGAAUCGACAUACGGAGUGCACUUCAAUCGCUUCGACACUCUGAUGCUUAGUAAUAUGAAUGAUUUAACCAGCUCUAUCAUUACAUCUGACAAACCUUUGUCUGUUUUCAGUGGCCAUCAAUGUGGAAAACCUACCAACGAUGGAACUUGCGAUUAUCUGGUAGAACAAAUUCCACCACACCCAACGUACGGUAAUAUGUUUUUUCUUGCACCAUUUGAUCUUCGACAAAGUGGUGAAGUAUAUAGAAUCGGUACUGUCAGCGAUGAAGCCUCUAUACAAGUGAACUGUCUAUGUGAGCCAGUCUCUGCUAGUAGUAAUGGUCGAAGAGUCCUCCUAUCAGGCUUUGGUCGGUCUAUGACCGCUGUUAUAAAUCGAGGCCAAUACGUUGAGUGCAGAACACCACAUAACAGUCGUACAUUUUGCAGCGUCCAGUCAACACGUCCGAUUACAGUUAUGAGCUACACCCUUGGAAGUUCAGUCGAUAAUUUGAACUUCACUAAUCUAAUCAUCAGUCCCUCGAUGGUGUACAUACCACCUGUCGAUUCCUAUCUAACUCGGUACAGUCUCACAAGUCUGUCAGAUCCUUCUUCUGUGUCCUUAAGCUAUACUCUCCGGGAAAGUGAUUACGAACCAAACACUCAAGGAUUACUAGUCAAUGGAGAUGCAUACACACCAACUGAUGGUUUCACUACCAUCGAUUGUAGUGUGGACUGUAUUGCAUCAAUGGUGUGUGGGCGGGGAGCUACUGGAGUCUUCGGAGUAGAUGCAUUUGAUAUACAUUUUUCUGGUGAUGUACCGUUCUGGGGGUAUGCAUAUGGUUUUGCUAAGGAAAUUUCAUUUGCUUACCCUCUUCCAUUUGCGAUGAAACCAAUAGGACUGGCUUGGAUUGAAGCUCAAGACAUGAGUGUUUUGGAAACAGUGGGUCAAGUGGAUAUGGAGUUCUUGAUAACAAGAGGGGACCGUUCAACAGUAACAAGAGCUUUUGCUGUUACUAGAAAUUUGUCUGCAACAGAAGGAGAGGACUAUACUUUAACUGGUGUACGCCCAGGAUCAGGCAAUAGUAACAUGAGAUGGAGACGCCGUAAUUCAGCUCCCGUUAAUCGAUUUAUCGUGCCCAUAAUUGAUGAUGACAUUCCGGAACCAAUUGAAAAAUUGGAAAUAUUUGUUGAAUGUGAUGCUAGUGAAAACUGUUAUCUACCACGACAAAGUUACACCAUCACCAUUAUAGACGAUCAAGGUCAGUGUGAUCAUCUUCCCCCGUUGUCCAAUGGAAACAUCUCCUAUAGUUUUGAUGGUUACCCUCUGAGGCCGUAUGGUACUGUUGCCACUCACACCUGUAAUCAAGGAUACACUCUCUCUGGAGAUGAAAACAGGACAUGUAACAACAGUGAAUGGUUGGGUACAAUGCCGACAUGUAUAGCCUUUUGCCGUGACCUGCCUCCAAUUGACAACGGUGUCUUGGAAUAUGAUAUGAUGGAAAGUCUGUUUAAUGCCACUAGACCGAAUGGAACUGUUGCAACAUACACUUGUGACGAUGGAUUCAGGCUGGAUGGAAAUGCCACUAGCUAUAGGAUAUGUGACACUGGAAAUUGGACAGCCACAGAACCUGCAUGCAUAGAAAACCCAACAGUGUCCACGGCUCGGUCAAUCAGUCAGGGAGGUGACCCUGUGAUUAUCAGCGUCACCGCUGUCAUGGUUAUGGCUGCUCUUGCUAUAUUGGCGAUAGUUUGCUGUCUCUGUACGAGAAGAUCGGUACGAAACAAAGAAAAAAAGCUAAGAGUGUCUACUAUAAGAAUGAGGAAGUUGUCUGGCCCAGGAACUCUUAUAGAAUAUCAAACGCGGGAGAUUUUGAAGUAUGUUCCAGAAUCAAUGAGAAUUCCCAGCUCUAAUCUGAAAUUGCAAGAUGCAGUUGGUCAAGGAGCCUUUGGGAUUGUGUACAAAGGAUUACUAAUGGACUGGAAUAACGUUGCCAUGAGGGGUGUGGCUUUGAAGACACUAAAAGGUCUGUUCACUCAGAAUGACGUACAGAGCAUGGUGAGUGAGAUCACCAAAAUGCAAGAAUUCCACCACCCUCACGUCAUGCCUCUGAUUGGGGUGUGUCUUGAUGCCGGAUCCGGUGUUUCCAUGGUGAUGCCUUAUAUGACGAACGGGAGUCUACUAGACUAUUUGAAAAAAGAGAGGUCUAACCUAGAGUUGGCAGAGGGAGAGGAUUCUGAGAAGGUGUUUGCUGUGAGGAAGUUGCUGUUGAAGAUGUGUCAUCAGAUAACUCUUGGAAUGGCGUAUCUUGCUGGGCACAAGUUCGUCCAUCGAGAUCUGGCUGCUAGGAACUGCAUGUUGGAUUCAAACGGUGACCUCAAAGUUAGUGAUUUUGGCUUGGCUGAGGAUAUGUAUACGCAAGGAUACUUCAGACAGGGUGAAGCUGAGGGAGUUAAACUGCCGUACAAAUGGUUGGCAAUGGAGAGUCUAAGCGAUGCUAUCUUCAACGAGAAAACUGAUGUGUGGUCGUAUGGUGUAACCGUGUGGGAGGUCUUCAGUGGUGGCCGAACCCCCUACCCUGGAGUGGACCCAAUGUCCCUAGUGGCUCUACUCAGAGAGGGAAAGAGAUUGGAACCUCCCCAGAAUACUGCUUGCUCUACAGAGAUGGUCUCACUGAUGACCAGAUGUUGGUACGAGGAUUCAGAAGAGAGGCCAUCCUUUGAUGAGCUAGCAACCGAGUUGGAGAAAGUUUUAAGCAUCAUGGUGGGCUACAUGGAAUUGAACAUGGAGCUAGUCGCUAUCACUGAGGAUGAACACAAGUAUGAUCAUGUCCUCUCGCUCGAAGAGCAAAGCAAACUUACUGAGGCUGCUACUGAGAUGGAAACAAAUGCUUCGUAUGGGCUCAGAGACGAGGAUCAGUUACAAGCUGAACAAAAAACCAUGGAGACCAAUCUUGUUUAUGGGCUGAGAAGUGAACACGAUUUGCAGGUUACUGAAUCAGCUCACCAUUUCAACAGCGACCCACAACAAUCCGAAUCUGAACCGCGUAAUGGCAAUCGAGGCGUAAGAACAGCCACUGGAUAUACUAAUGUAAUGUACAGACGACGAUCUUCAUACCAAACUUCUGUUUGAAAACUUUUACGUACAUGCAUGUAUGCAUGUAUUUGUUGUACGUGUAUUUUUGGUGUCAGUGAAGUCGUACUGAUUCUGUAGGAUUUAUAGAAUGACUAUUUUUGUAUAUACAUGUAUACAUGCCAGUGCAUUUAUGUGCAUGAUUGUGAAUUGGCAGUUUAUUAUACUUCUAGAUGA